UCAAGCCGGGCUCAGUUGCAGUGUGAUCGAGCUGUGCUGUGACUGUGUGACUGUAGCAGCAGUACCUUCGGUGUAAAUAGCGAAGUAGUAAAACAGAUGAACAUUUAUUAAUUGUGCGUCGGAACUCCUCAUUGCCGAGGGUUUGCAUCAUAGUACGUUCUAUGUUUGAACUCGUACCGCGAGUGACACUUCCUUCUACUUUAUUCACGCUGGUCACUACUUCAGUGCUCCACCUCUUUGAUGGCGGCGUCCUAGAUAUCAGAAACCAAAACAGGAGCUAGUGAAAACUGUGGCCGAAAUAAGCAAUCAUCGACGAGUUCUCGCCUGAGAGCUAUGGAAAAGACGAAGCAAGGAGAACCAGCAGCCCACAAUAGCCACGGACUAAAGCCUGCCAGUGUUGACUCGCUGGAAGGUUCGGAAAAUGGUUCGCUAAACUCGAAGCUCGGCCCGCGGUCGGUGGGCAGCCACAGCUCUCACUCGCCGUCAAAGUCGCUCUGCUCGUCCUCCUCGACAUCCACGGAAAACAUGCAACUCGCGCAGGAGCUCAAGAUGCGAGAAGUGUCCAAAGUGACAAAGACGCAAGAGCCACCUCUGCUGCCUGGAGAACAGCCGCACGUUGUUCAGAAAGCACGCGAUGUCACCUACCUGUGCCCAUUCCAAGGCCCCAUUCGUGGCUGCCUCUUCAUCACUAACUACAAGCUGUACUUUCGCAGUGUUGAGAAGAAUUCCCGCUCCAAACAGUUCACUGAGCCACGGUUUACGUUGGAAGUCCCGCUUGGCGUCGUGAGUCGCAUCGAGAAGGUCGGCUACGCGUCUAGUCGCGGAGAGAAUGCGUACGGCAUCGAGCUCUUCUGCAAAGACCUGCGCAGCCUGAAGUUUGCCCACAAGCAGGAGAACCACUCACGCCGAGACAUCUUCGACAAACUGCACAAGCUGGCCUUCCCACUCUCCAACAGCCUGCCGUUGUUCGCCUUCGAGUACGGUGGACGAUUCACAGUGAAUGGCUGGGCUGUUUACGACCCAUUGGCCGAGUACCGACGCCAGGGCCUGCCCACCGAGAGCUGGCGGCUGAGCCGGGCAAACGAGAACUACCAGCUGUGCGACACCUAUCCUGCCAUCCUAGCUGUUCCUGCCGCUGCCGAUGACAGUCUUUUGGAAGCAGUGGCCAGUUUUAGAAGCCGGGGCCGCAUUCCAGUUCUGUCCUGGAUCCACCCCGAGGGACAGGCUACCAUAACCCGUUGCAGUCAGCCCAACGUUGGUGUGAGCGGCAAGCGCAGUACGGAGGACGAGAGCUACUUGCAGAUGAUCAUGGACGCCAAUGCACAUUCGCACAAGCUCUUCAUAAUGGACGCUCGACCUAGCGUGAACGCGGUGGCCAACAAGGCGAAAGGUGGCGGCUACGAGAGUGACGAGGCAUACCGGUGCACCGAGCUGUGCUUCCUGGACAUCCACAACAUCCACGUGAUGCGGGAGAGUUUGCGCAAGCUCAAGGAGACCUGCUUUCCCAGUGCUGCCGACGAGUCUCGCUGGUUGUCUGCCCUCGAAGCCACCCACUGGCUGCAGCACGUGCGUGCUGUACUGGCUGGGGCCUUGCGUGUUGCACAUCGCCUCGAAGGUGCCAAGGGGUCGGUGCUGGUGCACUGCUCUGAUGGAUGGGACCGCACCGCGCAGCUUACAAGUCUGGCCAUGCUGAUGCUUGACCCUUACUACCGCACCAUCCGAGGCUUCGAGGUUCUCGUCGAGAAGGAGUGGCUCAGCUUUGGCCACAAGUUCGCUCAGCGUAUCGGUCACGGAGACGACAAACACUCGGAUGCAGACCGGUCGCCCGUUUUUCUCCAGUUCAUUGACUGCACAUGGCAGAUCAUGAACCAAUUCAAAAAUGCUUUUGAAUUCAACGAGCACUUCCUCAUAACUAUCCUGGACCAUCUCUACAGUUGCCUGUUUGGCACGUUCCUCUACAACUCAGAGCAGCAGCGGGUUAAAGAGAAUGUGCGUGAACGAACCCAGUCGCUCUGGUCAAUGGUGAACAGUGAGAUCGACGAGUACACCAACCCUCUGUACGCCAGCUACCCACAGCAGCACGUCUUGUUUCCGGUGGCUAGUCUGCGUCGCAUCCAGCUCUGGAAAGGGUACUACUGCCGCUGGAACCCACGCAUGCGACUUCAGGAACCAUUGCAGGUGCGUAGCCGAGAGCUUCUGCAGUUGCGUGCGCAGCUGCAGAGGCAGCUUGAAGAAUUGAAGAAGGAACACGAAUCAAAGAUGUCACGCAUCCCACCAAGAGUUUCAUCGCCCAUCACUGUUUAGCAUUGCCGGCUGCGAAUGUAGGGCAGCACAUCCCCGAGGUGCCACGGUGACACUUGGCUGACUCGAAAAGAUGCCUUCUUACUCCACGCACAUGUCAUCAAUGUGCUUGCUGAAACUGUUCCCAGGAUGUCGUUGGCACAGUGUUUGGUGGGGCAACAUCAUCAAUCUUGCCAUGAACUUGGAUCUUUGCUGUACCUCUCGACCCGCUGGUUACUUGAAAAAUGGACACUAUUAGUGUAUUUCGAUAAGCCACGCCAUUCGCCAUUAUCAGCUGUUAUGUAGUGUUGACGCAGUGUGACAUGGUUUAUGUAGAGUGGUGGCAGGAAGGGUUCCAAAUACUGAUUUUAUAACUCUUCGUCAGCAAACAUUUACGUGUAUACAUUUUAUUUGAACAAUAAGAAACUAUCUUAAACUAUAACAGUUUGUAGUACUGUGGUGUCUGCUUUUAGUCCCAUAUUGUUGUUAUAAAGUGUUUGCAGUUGCAAUUUGUAUAUUUGUUUAUUUUUUCUACCCUUUUCUGAAAACAUAGAUCUGAAUUUCUUUUUCUUCAGCAUUUUCUGACAUAAAGUUUAACCUAGUCCUAGACUGUCUGUUGUCAUAAACUGCUAAAGACAUUAGUAGGCUUGUGUGAAUAGUGUUUUUUAGGAUUGAAGCAAAUUCGAAGCUAACAUUAAUUUUUGUCGAAUAAUUUUGAAUCAAAUUCGAAUACUAUAUAUCGCAUGUUAUAAAGGAAAAUGGGCAUAUUUGGCAUGACAUAACUAGCCUAUAUAUUUUAUAAAUUGAAACAAAGCCUGUGCAAAUGCCAUUUUUUUAGUUGAAAGAAAAGCAAGACUGAAUAGUAGCAGGAUUAGACUUUUGGUAGAAUGCAAAUACCCUGCAAAAUGUUAUGUUUUGUAUAACAAACUUUUAAGCAUCAAAAAUGAUUAAUCAAGGUGAGGGUGACGUGUUAAUUUAACCUUGAAGUGGAGCUUUGUGGCAAUGUGAAUUUUCAAUAAAUAAACGUUUUCACUGCUUAGCA